AACGGACGAACACCCUUCACGGGCUCACCACCACGCGCAGCUAUAUAUAAGCUCCCAGUCCCACGCGCCCCUCUCUCUAAACCCUACCCGCCGCCGCCGCUUUCGCCUCCUCGCAUCGCUAGCCGCCGCCGCGCCCCUCGAGCUCCGACCAGCUUCAACCAUGGCGAACGUCGAUGUCGAGACGGAGGUCGCCGCCGGCGCGCAGCCCAAGAAGAGGACGUUCCGCAAGUACAGCUACCGCGGCGUCGACCUCGACGCGCUGCUCGACAUGUCCACCGACGACCUCGUCCAGCUCUUCCCCGCGCGCGCCCGCAGGAGGUUCCAGAGGGGUUUGAAGAGGAAGCCCAUGGCGCUCAUCAAGAAGCUGCGCAAGGCGAAAAAGGAUGCUCCCCCUGGUGAGAAGCCAGAGCCAGUGAGGACACAUCUCCGCAACAUGAUCAUUGUGCCUGAGAUGAUUGGUAGCAUCAUUGGUGUCUACAACGGCAAGACCUUCAACCAGGUUGAGAUUAAGCCUGAGAUGAUUGGCCACUACCUUGCAGAGUUCUCCAUCUCCUACAAGCCGGUCAAGCACGGUAGGCCUGGUAUCGGUGCCACGCACUCCUCGCGGUUCAUUCCUCUCAAAUGAGUUACACAGCUUCUCAGUCUAGCGGAGUUCAGCAUGAAGAGCUCAUCGCAUAUUUUCUUUCAGCUGUGUAGCUUGUUUUGAACAAGUUAGAUACCAAAGACGUUUUGUUACAACGAAGCUAUUUUGUAGGAAGUAUCUGAGUUGCUCUUA